AUGAAGACGCGGUGGUUUUCUGUCGUUUUCGCUGUUCUGUUUGCUGUGCUCCUCUUUGAUAUCUGCAGUUGUGCUGUACUCCCCAAAGAUACAGCGCUAAAGCUGAAAGAUGUUCGUGCUGAGGAAACUAAAGCCCUCGGAAAUGGUGCUUUAGCUGGAGAAAGUGACAACUUGGCGAAAGAAGAAAAUACUGACGAGGACGAAGAAGACGGAGGUAAGGAAGACGUUGAAGACUUUGAUGAAGAAGAUGAAGAUGAAGUUGCAGAUGAUGGCGAAGAAGACGUUGAAGACUUUGAUGAAGAAAAUGAAGGUGAAGUUGUAGAUGAUGACGACGAAGAAAAUGUCGAUGAAGAAAAUGAAGAUGCUGAUGAUAGCGAAGACACAAACGACGGAUGGACUGAAAAUGAAGGUGAAGAUCAUGAUGAUGAAGACGAAGAAGAAGGUGAUAAUGAUGUUGACGAUAAACAGGCAGAUGGAGAAAACGAUGAAGAAGAGGAUGAAGAAGACGAUUUCAUGGAUGAAGAAGAUGACGCAAUUGAGGAUGAAGAGGACGGUGACAUACCCAAAGAAAUGAGUGAUAUCAACGAGGAUGAGAAUGAUUUUUCUGACGAGCCAGCACUGAAGACGGCAAAUGAUGAGCGAAAAGGUACGUUACGUGAUUAUAGUUAAGAAUGGUUAAUAACUCAAUAACACUCCAAUAAUUAAUAACAGAUUUGGAUCUGUUAAUAGCGGGUUUUUUCUUCUUCAAAAGGAGUAUACGCUCAUAAUUAAUUAUUCGGUAGAGUUCUCCAUUUGUGAUUGGCUUAAACUGACCUGCUAGUUAUGGAUGGAAAGGAAAAGAACAAACAAAACAAUAACAAACAAAAAAACAAUACAAGUGGACGAGGAGACCAAGAUAUCGAACUACUUGGUAAUAGUAAGAUUUUCCAAUAAAUAUCUCGAAACCAAGAGCUUCUUCUUUCUUGUCGAAAAAAAACUAAAAGUUUGUUACAAAGGUAAUAAUAUCAUCUGCUGCUUCAAAUCAUCCAAACGUCAACAUGUUCUCCUCUCGUAGUCUACUAGAAAUGGAAAUGACUUGUUUACUUUGACAUCAAGCGCACUUUGCAAUGUGUCAACUGGUGGUGGACUAGGCAUAUAGGAAUCCAAUUUGUUGAUCGUGAUAUAUUUAAAGUGAAAACACCGAACACCGAAAAUGACUGUUAUGUGCACAUCUCUUUGCAGCGAUUCGACUGAAUACGAAAGAAGUUGAGGACCCUAGGCGACGUGGUAGAAAAGGACGAAGGAUUAGACGUGGCAGGCGAAGCAGGCGUGGCAGAAGAGGGAAACCAAGUAGACGGAGAAGACGUGGCAGGCGAGGAAGACGUGGUAGAAAGGGUAGACGAGGAAGGCGUGGUAGGCGUGGCCGAAAAGGUAGACGAGGCAGACGGGGAAGACGUGGCAGAAAAGGAAGAAAAGGCAGGCGUGGCAGGCGUGGUAGACGUGGCCGGCGUGGCAGGCGUAACAGACGUGGUAGACGUGGACGAGGCGGAAUAAGGGGACGCGUCAAGGUAAUAGUAAGGCCUCGACCGCCACAGCCACCUCCUCCCCAACCUUCUCAGCCUACAACACCAGUUGGAACGCCAGCCACUCCAGGUGGCACCGGAUCACCCGCCCCAGGGGGAACCGAACCAACUCCCGGAGGGAGUGUUCCUGGAGGAAUGCGAUAG